AUGGUGGUAAUCACCACACAACCUAACACAAGAAUUGUAGGGCUUUACCCCGAAGGGAGCCCUUCCAGAAAUUCUCGGGGCACUGGGCUGAACCCAGGCCCAGGAGGGGGUUUGGAAAUAGUUUUCAACCAGCAAUAG